AUGGAUCCCGAGGCGAUGCGAGGCGACGCGACGCGGGGCGAUACAAUGCAGCCCGUACCCACGGAACUACCGGAUACGCAUCUGCAACCGCCGGGCCUGCUUCCUGUUCGGAAUAGUGCGAGUCAGGCAGUGAUUUCAACGCUGUGCAUGGCUAGUGAAACGAACUUCCAUUAUGAGGCCGAUGAUAGUCUGACAUUUGUUGAUGUUGCACACGUGGACAAACGCAUAGUUGGUGGAACGAACGUAGUCCAAGGCACCUACACAUGGGCAGUGAAAUCAACUUAUUUGUGGAGUGACCAGUCCAUAAGUAUAUGUUCCGGUAGUAUUUUGUCAAAUAAAUGGAUACUAACGGCUGCUCACUGUUGUGUUCAUCCACACCGUCAAGUUAUUCGUUCGGUCAUUGAAGCAGGGAACCCGAAUGUGGCG